AAAAGAGGCAGGGGAGGGAGGAAAGCGAAGGAAAAAGGAGAGAGGAGGGGCAGUGACGGAAGGAGUGAAAGAGAGGAGUGCCGUGAAGCAAGCAUGAGGUUUUCACUUUCCAUUCUCCCCUCAGCAGCAGUCAGAUGAGUCCUUGCAGAGCUACAAGAGAAGUGCCUUCUUUUGCUGACCCCUUUGGCUGUUUGGCUCCACUGAAGCCGCCUCUGCCUCCGUGCCUGUCCAUGUCUGCUGAAGUUUCCAGCCACACCAGGAGCCCCAGGAACGCCAGUACUGCCAGCCCCGUCCACUGAGCCAGUCUCCCCAUCACUGACACCUCCCUCCAUCUCCUGGUCUGUCUGCCAGCCAGACCUCUCUCCAUCCAUGCCACUCAGCCCCUCCUCUGUGGAAGUCAUCCACUCCUCCCUCCACUGCAGACAGAGCUUGAUACUGGAGACAGACAGCUUUUAUCAGCUGCUGUGAGAGGAAGGAGAUUGUCUCUUUUGCUGUCCCCUCCACUACAGCUUUCUCUUCCUCAUCCUCCUCGUUCUGUUCCUCUUACUUCUCCUUCCUCCUCUCCUCCAGCCCCGCGCCUUUUCAUCAUGGGCCAACUCGAUCGAUAAUGUGUUUUGCCAUUCGUCUCAUCUGACAGUUCAGCCAAGGAGCGAGGCGAUAGAGAGGACUGGUGUGCGUGUUUGAGAGAGAGAGAACCAGAGAGGGAGAUUACAAAGCAAACCUCUGUGGCCGUCACCAGCCCAGGCCCUGGGUGACAGGCGGUAAAGGAUUCUUAUUACAGCCACAAGCAGACUCUUAGGAUGGGCUGCAGGUGGUAGUUGAGUCCCAGGCCUCACGGGCUUCACCUCAGAAUCAGAUCCUGGGGGAAAAAAUAACCUCUUAAGACCGUCUUUUUCCCAUGUCCUUUACCUCUUCUUUCUCAUCGUUUGUCCCAGUGUUGUUAAAAACACACAGACACAUACAUAAUUGCAUUUGCUGGAUACCUACCCCUCUCAAUCGACCCCUCCUGCCUGGUUCAAAAUGGCGGUGAACGUGACGCCGAUCCGGGACACAAAGUGGCUGACGCUGGAGGUUUGUCGGGAAUUCCAGAGAGGAACGUGUUCACGACCGGACAGUGAGUGCAAGUUCGCCCACCCUGCCAAGAGCUGCCAAGUGGAAAAUGGCAGAGUCAUUGCUUGUUUUGACUCACUCAAGGGUCGCUGUUCCAGGGAGAACUGUAAGUACCUGCAUCCUCCUCCUCACCUAAAGACCCAGCUGGAGAUCAAUGGAAGGAACAACCUCAUUCAGCAGAAAAACAUGGCGAUGCUGGCCCAGCAGAUGCAGCUUGCCAAUGCCAUGAUGCCAGGCACACAACUACAGCCGGUGCCCAUGUUUUCAGUCACACCCAGCCUUGCAACCAAUGUCAAUGCUGCUGCGGCGGCGGCUGCUGCGUUUAACCCCUACCUUGGCCCUGUGUCGCCCGGCCUGAUGCCUGCUGACAUCUUGCCCAGCGCCCCUGUACUGGUCACCAGCAAUCCCAGUGUCCCUGUACCAGCUGCUGCUGCUGCUGCUGCUGCUGCACAGAAACUCAUGAGGACAGACAGGCUGGAGGUAUGUCGGGAAUACCAGCGGGGUAACUGCACACGUGGGGAGAACGACUGUCGCUUUGCCCACCCUGCAGACAGCACUAUGAUUGACACCAAUGACAACACAGUCACUGUGUGUAUGGACUACAUUAAGGGCCGCUGUUCAAGGGAGAAAUGCAAGUACUUUCACCCUCCGGCUCACCUGCAGGCCAAGAUCAAAGCCGCCCAGCACCAAGUCAACCAGGCUGCGGCUGCUGCAGCCAUGACUCAGUCGGCUGUCAAAUCACUGAAGCGACCCCUCGACGCAACUUUUGACCUGGGGCUCCCCCCGGUCUUGCCUCCUUUACCAAAGAGACCUGCACUUGAAAAAGCCAACGGUGCCACCACUAUGUUCAAUGCUGGUGUAUUCCAGUACCAACAGGCCCUGGCCAACAUGCAGUUUCAGCAGCAGACUGCCUUCAUACCAUCAGGCUCGAUAUUGUGCAUGACACCUGCAACAAGUGUUGUACCCAUGAUGCACGGUGCUACUCCAGCCACUGUGUCUGCAGCCACCACAUCUGCCACAAGUGUUCCCUUUGCAACUGCAACAGCCAAUCAGAUUCCAAUAAUAUCUGCAGACCAUCUGACUAGUCACAAGUAUGUGACCCAGAUGUAGGAGUCUCAAUCAGAACAAGGGAACUGGAGCGUGCUGACGUGGAGUCCAAGAUUAGCGAUCACCCUUCAUGCCUGUAACAUCAAGAGCAAAACAAAGAACCAAAUCUCAUUGGGUUUGGAAUAAAUCUGCAUGUUAACAUAGGAGGCACAGUUUGUUAGGAUUGUUUUCAUGUGUACUUCAUGCACACUAUUACACAACAUCAGAAAAGAACAUAAUUUGCAUUAAAGACUGCCUUUCAUUCCGUAGAGGCAACUUACCUUUAUUCACCGGACACACUUUGAAUGUUAACAUGACGUAAAUGUGUGGCGAAAAUCAAAAAAAAAAAAAAAAACUGGCUGGAUUGGUACGUCCAUUGACCAAGAAUCACAACUUCUGUUUGUUUAUUGGUUGUUGGUCUUUGACCUAAAUGUGUUGAUUUGUUUACACAAUAGUGCACCUUGUAUUUCAGUUAAGGUAAAAGAGAAUCUGACUGAAUCACAUAUGCAUGCACAAUGAUUUUUUUGUUUUGUUUUUUUUAUGAUUUUAUUUUUGUUACAACCAGUGACAAGGGAAAUAACACGAGUGCACUCAGAGGCAAAAUAGCAACUGAAUGUCUGUGAGGUGUCUUUCAAACCUUUGUAGCCUACCUUUCUAUCUCUUAAGCACAUGUCUUUAACCUUGCAGGCAUCCCUGCAAAGUGCCAUACAUCUCAAAACACAUGAAUGGUAUUUAAGCAGUGUUACAAAGUGUUAAAAUCAACAAUUCCCUUUAAUAAAUCUGUUUUGUUUUUGUUUUUUCUCUUGGACAGCAGCAUGCAGCGUCCAAUGUCAUGCCCUGUCAUUACCUGUGAUUCCGAUUACCUUCCCAAAAUUGUCUGCUUUACUCAAAUCUACUGAAUAAGUAGUUUUUGUUUUUUCUUUGGCUUUGUCGUUUAGACAGGAAAAGACAUCUCUCCAUCAUCAUUAAGUUUACUGACUCUAAACAUCAGAUGAGUCAUAUGUGUGUGUGUGGGGGGGGUCUCGGCCAGCACGAGAGACCAAAGACUCUCCUCUGAUGAAGAUGUUGUGAUUAAUAGCUUCGAAACAACAGGGCGAUCGGUUGCUAUCCAAACUGCUGUGAGACAGACGUCAAAAUCGAUAGUGCAGCUGGUGAUGGAUAUGUGAUUUGUAUGCCAUGAUUUGUUUUUAUGGUUAAGUAGAUUCAGUGUAGUGUACAUAUAGUCUAACAUAUUUAAGAACAUUUGUUUAAUACGUCUACCUGAGAACUGUUUUCAGAUAGUCAGCCAAAGUCUUUUUUGUGUCACUGUUACUAGAUAUUGUAGGUGGACUAGUGGGACAAAAUUCUUGGAAAUGUGAGGAUGGCAUCGUGCAAGCCCAAAGAAAGAUCGGGUGUAAAGAGCAGGUGUUCUAGAAGAACUCUUUGUUUUUGUUGUUGUUCUGGGUGUUCUUCAGGCAUAUUUGAUUGGUGGAUAGUACAGGGAAAGUGGCAAGAAUAAAUAAAUAAAAAAAAAACACGAUUGUAUUACUCAUCCAAAGCCUUAGAAUGUACCAUCGGGUCAGCACAAUGCAACAUGCCAUUUUGAACCAUCCAGUUGCCUAAUCCACGCCAUAUUAACACACACACACACACACACACACACACACACACACACACACGCACACACACACGCACACACACAGAGCACUAUGUAAUUGUCACUUUGUUGUCAGUGUUUUCUUAACUUUCUUGUAUUUUUUCCUUUAGAUGAGGAGUGUUUUUCUUUGUUUUGUUUGGAUGACAUUUUGAUAUUUAGUUCCGAUUUUUAGUUUUGCUUAUUCUAUUUAUCUUUCUUAUAAUGAAUAUAAGGUAAAAGUGUGUGUUUGCGUGUUCCUCAUGCACAGUUUCCUGAAAUUCCAUGUAAUGUUAAUUUUAGUAUGAUUAUGAUUGUAAACUCAAUAUUUUCUACGUUAUGCAUAUUGUUGAACUGUAUGCAUAUUGUUCAUUUCUCUAGUCUUUUUUGUGUUCUUUGAACAAAGAUGUUUUAUAUGAGUAUCUAACAGUGAUGAAAUAAUAGAACUGAGAGGCUAAGUUGUCACUGUGGCAACCAUCGCCAAUAACUGAGUAAUAUUUUAAAUGAUUGUAAGGUUUGUAACUAGUCAUAUAAGAAAAAAAAAGACUAUUAUAAAAAUCUAGUUCUUAGAUGUUUAGAGUAAAGAUGUUAUUUUCUACUGUAUCCAUUUCAAAUAGUAACUAUUGUUUUAAUAUUUUUACUCUCCCUGGAAAUUGGGCCAUGUUGGAAAACAAGCUGCAUAUUUGAUCACUUUUUUGGGGGCGUUGCUGGCGGGGUCAGGUGAACGCGGUGAGUAAGGAAGUGAGUCUGCACACUCAUGUCUUACUUAGCCAAACAGCAAACAGCCAGGGUGGGGUGGGGAAUCUCGAGGCGACAAAGGUGAUAAAGGUUGACUUUUUUGCACUUCUGUACAUAGUCAAAAAAGAGAGAAUCAUGUAUAUUGAGAUCUUAUUUUGAAUAAAAAAAAAAAUAAUAACGACAAGGAAUUUUGCUAGGAUAACAAAAAAAAAUCUUAUGAAAGGCUGAACAAAAUUGCUUGCAUCAAAAGGUCACUGAGUUCUCGCUCUCCGACCCCUUUCAGAAAAGGCCAAGUGUUGCUCUUCUUUUUUGUCAGCAGCUUGUAGUUUGCCAGGUAACCUUCCGGAGGAGGCGUCCACUACCCUCCAGCGUAAGGGCCUGACUGGGUUUGUCUGGUCCCCCAACUUGCCUGUACUGACAGGUCUGUGUGUCAUGGCCACGCCCUCCCAGGCCCAACCAACCACAACACUUCCUGUCUCUUUACUUUUCUCAGAGAGGAAUGCAUGUUAAAUUAAACACAUAUACCAUUAAAAAAGAAAAAAAAUCACAACAGUAAUAUUGAAUAAGAAAACAUGUUACACAGAAAGAUGUAUUUACAGUAUACAAUAUUCUCUCAAUGUAAUGGAAUAAAAUAUAUAUAUUAAAAAAUACAAAAAUAGAAUAGUGGUUUAUUAAGAAAAAAAAAAGAUUCCUGAAAAUAUACUCACUAAAGUUUUACCACUUGGAGAGUUAAAAUACAUGCAACACAAACACCAUAGCUAUAAGUAUGUUCUUUAUGUUGAUGUAAGCUGUGCUUCUAGUAGAUGAAACUGACCAAACAGGAAUGUAGUUCAACAUCAGGCAGAAUUUAAGUAUAAUUUCAGAUUGAAAUACUGUUUCGUGGUUUGGUCAUUAAGUCGUUAGUUUGAAAUAUUGUCCCGAUCGUCUUCGUCAUCUCUCAUCUCCUACAAGCACGCAUGCUUACGUUUAUGAUAUAAUGUAAACUGAAUUUUUUUUUUUCAUUUGUUGUUUGUUUUCUCUGCUUGUAGUGCUAAAAUGAUGUAUUCUGUCUUCUGCAGCAGUUUGUUUCUGCUUGUUUUACUGCUCCGGGCCCCCUGAAAGGAUGUGUUCUGUUUGCAUGCCAGCCACCUCCUCUGGAAGGCGCCUGUAGAGAAAACCUUGGAUUGUCACAGUCUAAAGCCAUAAAAUAUAAUCUCACCUGAAUGAAAAGUGUGAGACGCAACCGGAAAAGAAAUAGAGGUGGGGAAACCGUACCUUCUGAAACUGGCAGGAAUGUGUUUGUUGGGGUUUUAUUAACUACAACAUCAUGUAAUAAUUGAAUGUAGUUAAUAUAACCUGUGGUGUGCUGUGCCAAUUUUGAUGGGUGUGUGUGAUUAAGAAAUAUUGUCCCUGACACAUUUUUUCAUGGGGCCUGCUAUAUUUGAUUCUUGCUGUUAUGAAUAAAAAAUGUAAUAAAAAUUUACAAGCAAACUGAA